CCCAGAGGGCGCCAGAAGGAGAGGCGCCCUCCCCUCCCGCCUCCGUCCCGGGCUCGCCGGCCGCCACCUGAGCGAGCAUGCCGAGAGCGGCGGCGCUUCCGAUACUGUGUGCUUGGGAGAACUUGAUAGCAUUCUUUAGAUGAACUUCAGCCCAGGAGCAUGCCAUUAGGAUACCCCGCACUCUCUUCUUGGAACAUGGGGGAAAAAGAGAAUGAAAAAUAUAACCAAGGAGGCCAAAUGUUCGAAAACUUUGUCCAAGCCUCUACAUGUAAAGGUACAAUUCAGGCCUUUAAUAUCCUCACUCGCCAGCUUGAACUAGAUCCUUUGGACAACAGGAACUUUUAUACAAAACUCAAAUCAAAGGUGACCAGUUGGAAGGCCAAAGCUUUGUGGAACAAGCUAGACAAAAGAGCAAGCCAUAAGGAAUAUAAGCGCGGAAAAGCUUGUACAAACACAAAGUGUCUGAUAGUUGGAGGUGGACCCUGUGGUUUGCGAACUGCCAUAGAACUUGCCUUUUUAGGAGCAAAAGUUGUUGUUGUGGAAAAGCGGGACACAUUUUCAAGAAACAAUGUGCUUCACCUUUGGCCUUUUACUAUUCAUGACCUUCGAAGUCUGGGAGCAAAAAAAUUUUAUGGAAAGUUCUGUGCAGGAUCUAUUGAUCAUAUAAGCAUUAGGCAGCUUCAACUUAUCCUUUUCAAGAUUGCACUGAUGCUGGGAGUUGAAAUCCAUGUAAAUGUAGAGUUUGUGAAGGUUCUGGAACCUCCUGAAGAUCAAGAAAAUCAAAAAAUAGGCUGGCGGGCUGAAUUUCUCCCAGUGGAUCAUCAUCUAUCAGAAUUUGAAUUUGAUGUCAUUAUUGGGGCUGAUGGCCGUAGAAACACUUUGGGAGGCUUUAAAAGAAAGGAAUUCCGUGGAAAGCUGGCUAUUGCUAUCACCGCUAACUUUAUAAACAGAAACACAACAGCAGAAGCUAAGGUGGAGGAGAUCAGUGGUGUUGCUUUCAUCUUCAAUCAAAAAUUUUUCCAAGAUCUGAAAGAAGAAACAGGAAUUGACUUGGAGAAUAUUGUUUACUAUAAAGACAGCACCCACUAUUUUGUGAUGACUGCAAAAAAACAGAGCCUUCUGGACAAGGGAGUCAUUAUUAAUGAUUAUAUCGACACUGAGAUGCUGCUCUGUUCAGAAAAUGUAGACCAGGACAAUCUGCUCUCCUAUGCCAGAGAAGCUGCUGACUUUGCAACUGAUUACCAGUUGCCUGCCUUGGAUUUUGCAAUUAAUCACUAUGGGCAGCCAGAUGUAGCCAUGUUCGAUUUCACUUCCAUGUAUGCUUCUGAAAAUGCUGCAUUAAUACGAGAGAGGCACAGAUAUCAACUGUUGGUCGCUCUUGUUGGAGACAGUCUGUUAGAGCCAUUCUGGCCAAUGGGCACUGGUUGUGCAAGAGGGUUCCUGGCUGCGUUUGACACAGCAUGGAUGGUGAAGAGCUGGGCACAAGGAAAGCUCCCUCUUGAUAUUCUUGCAGAAAGAGAAAGCAUUUAUCGACUGCUGCCCCAGACAACACCUGAAAAUAUAGCUAAGAACUUUGACCUGUACACCAUUGACCCUGCCACUCGCUAUCCAAACUUGAACUCAAGCUGUGUUCGCCCACACCAGGUGAAGCACUUGUAUGUCACAAAUGAGUUGCAGCCUUGCCUCCUAGAAAGAACAACCUCCAUUAGAAGAUCAAUUGGUCUUUCAAGACAAGAAUCAGAUAUAAGGCCAAACAAACUUUUAACCUGGUGCCAGAAACAGACAGAGGGUUACAGGAAUAUUUCUGUUAUGAAUCUCACUAGUUCAUGGAGGAGUGGACUUGCUUUAUGCGCAAUUAUACAUCACUUCAGACCUGACCUCAUUGACUUUGACUCACUGAAUGAAGAAGAUGCUGUCAGAAACAACCAGCUGGCAUUUGACAUUGCUGAACGAGAGUUUGGAAUUCCUCCCGUCACUACUGGAAAAGAGAUGGUGUCUGGUGGUGAGCCUGAUAAACUCAGUAUGGUCAUGUACCUCUCGAAAUUCUAUGAGCUGUUCAGAGGAACACCUCUGAGAGCAGUGGGUACUGUGGCGAAGCAAAAUGGGGAAAGAAGUGAUAGUUGUUCUGCUAAAGCAACCAACUUCAUCUUUAAUAACUACAUCAAUUUAACAUUUCCAAGGAAGAGAGUGCCUAAAGCAGAAGAAAAUGAAACUAGUAAAAGGCGGCGUAAGAGUCUCAUUAAUUUUGAAGAGUUCUCAGGUUCCAGGGAUCGGAAAACAAAUUCUGGUAACCAAGUUGAAGUGAAGGAAGCAAUAAAUCGGAAUAAAGUGAAAUCUAUGGCAACCCAACUUUUAGCCAAAUUUGAAGAAAAUGCACCUACUAGCUCACUACGAAGGCAGGAGCCAAUAGCUAAACCAGCUUUGCACCUUCCUUCCGAAUCUCCUGUAAAUCAUCGCUUUGCUAAACCCCAGGAGGCAACCUGUAACCCAUCACCUCCACCAAAAAGUCAGUUUCAGGCCAUAGCUAGGGCUGACCGCCCAGCCAGGGAGCCCAUGCAGUCUCUGCCUGCUCCUCCUCCAGUGGCCAGGCAUUUGGGCUGUACAGAGAGAACUGAGCUGAUGUCCAACCUUUCUGAAACCCUUGCGUCUUCCUGCCCUGCUGCCUUUGCACUGUCUGGUGUGCUUCAACGCCUUCAGUAUGUGGAAGAGAAAAUAAACCAGAGGAGAGCUCAGUCCAUAGCAAAUAGAGAAUUUCAUAAAAAGAGCAUUAAGGAUAAAGCAGCUCAUCUCGCCUCCAUGUUUGGUUAUGUCGACCUCCCGAAGAAUAAGCUUCCUACUAAAGGUCUGUCCCAUUCUCAGCUCCCAUCUCCCUCUUGUCCUCCUUCUCAUGAUUCAACUGCUUCCUCUUCAUCCAUUGACUCUGCUUCCCCUGCUGUUCACUCUAAAAAGAUGACGGUAGGGAAGGUGUCACGCUCGAUAGGUGCUGUGGCGCAAGUUCUUGUCAAUCUGUACAUGAACGAUCACAGGCCUAGUCCAUUGCCUCCAUCCUGGCAACCGAACACAUCUGAAGAUGGAUCUCCUGCUGCGGUUUCUUUCCCUGCUUCCUCUUCUACCUCUCAAGCUUUUCCUUCUCCUGCUCAGAGCUGUCAGGGUUCUCUCAGGAAAGAAUUUCCACAAUCCAUAGGUGGGAGUGACAUCUGCUGCUUUUGUAAGAAAAGGGUGUACGUCAUGGAGCGCCUGAGCGCAGAAGGCCACUUUUUCCACCGAGAAUGCUUUAAAUGUGUGGUGUGUGCUACAACUCUCCGCCUAGCAAUGUAUGCCUUCGAUGCAGAAGAAGGUAAAUUUUACUGCAAGCUUCAUUUUGCACAAUGUAAACCAAAGCAUGCCCACAGAAAGAGGAGAGCCAUGCCAAAGACUCAUGAACAGGAGGAAGCAGAACAGUGGACGCAAGAAGAAUCCAUGUCUGCAGAAACCACCGAGGACAGUGCUUGUGCUGUCAGUAGCAGCUCAGAGGAUCAGUCCCCAGGUAUCCUGCCUUCAUUCUUUAAGAAAACUCUAAGCUGGCCUCUUAAGGUGACAAGGGAUCUGCUUGACCUUCCAAGACGGCUCUCUAACUGGAUGCAUGGUUUCCUGCACACUACCAGACUUCAUUUCAGGGACAAUGCAUACAACUAUGCCUACUUGUAUGAACUCCUAAGCUUCAGUAUGCCAUUCUUUUUUGCGCUUCAAGAGUUACUUGCCCAUAUUUACCGGGAAGUGGAGCUGUCCUGUGAGAACGUGCUUGAACUGGUGAAGAAGUUCUUCAGGGUUUAAAGUUCUUCCUAAACUUGUGUUGUGCCUUUCAGAUUUCCAAAACAAACAGCCUUCCGAUCACACAAAUGUACACAUUUCAAUUCAGUAUGUGCUUUAAAUGAGCCAAAACCUUCAUUUCAUAAUCAUGGUGCAAUUGUUACAACAUUUCAGUUUUUGUUAUUGGAUCAUGAAGAUCAGUGUCCAGAUGCAUUUCCAGACCAUAGAGAUUAUAUGAAGGAUUUGUAAUUUUUUUGAUAGAUUUUUUAAAAAAAAUCUGGAUGUGUUUCUAGUUAUGACCAGAUAUUCCUUUGGGUUUACAUUUUAUUAUCCUUAUUUUAAAGACUGUGAAAGAAAGUUCUUUCAUACAUUUCUAGAGCAACAGCAAAUGCUUACUAUGGUUUUUUGUUUGAAAACUGAAUAUGGCACAUACUUUACCCUCCCCCCUUUCUUCUUGCUUUAUCUUUGCUGUGGGGGCUACAAAGUCUGUUCAUUUUGCUUAGGUUUUUUUAAAAAAUUUAAAAAGUACUGCAAGCCCAGAAUUUUUAUUGACUCCUGUUUGAUAAAUCCUUUUCAAAAUAUUGUGCAUUUUCUGUAACUUGUGUGAAUAAAUUCAAAGAGCAAAUCAUGGACUUCUCAGUUGGUUAAAGUAAAAAUACAGUGUUAGCCUAUUUUUUUUAUCUCCAAGUAAUGGAACAGUUCUAUCUGUCACAUCAUGAGAGAUUAUUUGAUAUUGACGAGGCCAGCUUCUAUGUUAUAAUGUAAAAGCCUUCACCUAGAUAAUCCCUCUGAUAUUUUUAAGUGUGUUGAAAUAACUGAUAUACAACAUCCAAGAAAGAUUCUAGAAUUGAGUCAGUAGUUCCCUUGUGGGAUUUUUUUUCAGACAUGAGAAGGUCUCCUAGACAUUAAGAUGGUGCUCUGAGAAGUAAUAGAUACCAAUUAUCUCUGUAGGUUAAACUACUAUGUACAAAAUUUUAUAUGCCAUUUUUGACAGUAGUAGUGCUAAUCUAAAGCACAGGCUUUCUUUCUUUUAGAAGUCUGGUGAAGGCUCACAGUGCCUGUAAAUGAACAUUUCUUAGCAGAAAACUAGUUGAACAGUUUCAUGACCCAGAAACUGUUCUUUUUAAUUUACUGUCCCCAGGCUGAGAGUUCACUUUUGAGCUCUUUUGGAAACAGAAUUUCACCUUAGAGAGAGAGGGUAAAUAACACAGACUUACUUGUCUCCACAUAGAGAGCAAGAAGCAAUUCCCGUCUGAAUCCAUGGAAAGCUGCUGUGAGUAUAGGCAGGAUGGAGGCCUAGAGGUCAGUGGUUACACCUGACCACGGGCAGCCUCCUUUCUCCACUUCUGUGUGUGCCACCACUCUGUUUUGAGGUCUUUCAUUAAAGACAUUUUCAAGAAAUAUGACACACACAAAUUAGUACCACCUGCAGCCCUUACUCAUUGCUGAGGGUAGUGCAGCCAUGUUUUCCUGUGCCACUUGAGAAGGAGUUCUGGGCUUUUUAGAACUUCCAAAAGUAAUUUAUUUUGAAAUAUAUAUAUUUCAAAUAUAUAUAUUUGCUACUUGUUUGUGAGACCUUGCACACACAUAUCAGAAGAUCAGGCCCUAAGGCUCACAGCCAUUAAGUUUCUGAAAGAGAAGCCAAUAGAAGCCAUUUUGCCAUUCACUUACAAGAAGGUGGGGCUGCUGGUUCUUGGUUUUGGUGAAUGAAGUGUUUCUGUGGGUUUUCCUUUGCUGAAUUGUAUUUUCAUUGUCAUUUGGAACAUUUGCUUGCCCUUAAACAGGAUACACAUACCGUCGUAAUUCUCCUAAUCAUUUACUUAUGUAGAAAGUUUUCAAUUUCUUGAGCAUAUUAUAGUGGUUUUCCCCCCUCAAAAGAUUAACAGGUACACUGAUGGUUUUUAGGGGUGACACACCAUUCCAUCGUAGACUUCAGUCAUAAGCACUCCUACUUGGGGGUGGGGGGGGGAAGACCCCAAUUUGUUUCACUGGAACGUUUAUGAUUUAAUAUUAAGCACACUUGAAAUUAAACUCCAUUUAAGUGGGCAGGACAAAAAGAAUUAUUAGGAGCACAGUGGAAAAGUUCAACCAUUUAUCCUUGCUGUUCUACCUUUAUGGGUUUGUUUACAUAUAAGAAUUUUUAUAAGCUUGAUAGGUAAGGAUGUGGAAGGUGCUUGUUCGUAGCGUUGGUUUCUUUUAGUUAUGAGGUAAAUGUCCAUAUGAGUUAACUUACUAUGACACAUAAUAGCCAUGUAUUGGCUUCCUGCAUGUGGCCAACCAUUCUUGUCAAUCCACUUGUCACAACAAACUCUCAGGGAAACAAAACUUCAAGUGGCUACUGUGCACCCAGAUGUUUGUAUAGCAACUUAAAGUUGCAGAAAGAACAGGAAGCAUGAAUGGUGUCCGGUACGUCCUGUUUUCAUCACAUCCCAGAUGUCUGAGUAGUUGCAUAGUAAAAUUAAAUUAAAAAGAAAGAAAUACCUAGGCAUUGCUCCCAGCUUACUGAGUCUGAUUCAUAUUUGUUUUUGUUUCAUACCCAAAAUAUAUGUGCAUGUUCAUCAACUGAUGACUAAAGCAUCAAUGAAUGGUUUGCACAUGUGGAAAAAUAACCAUGUGAAACUCCAUAGAUUGUUUUGAUAUUAUGUGAUAUCACCCCAUAUGCAGUGUUUUGAAGGGGAGAUUGUAAGUCAUAUUGAUCCAGUUGAUAAAAGUGUAGAUCCAUCCUUAUUCUUAAGACCUCUUUUUCUUCUGUUCAUGCAAGGCUUUUUAUUUAAAGAAAACAAAUAGAAAGUUCAUACAGUUUAUGUUGCCUGGGCAUUGUAAUACUCGUUAACUAUACAAUGUGGUAUUUUUAAAAAAUGUCAUGAUUUUCAUGUAAAAUGUGGAAAGCAUUCUCUAAGGUAAACAAUCAAAAUUAUUUUUAACAAAUGUUUGUAAUAUGACUGCUGUUAAUUAUUUGAAAUUUAAUUUGUAUUAGCGUUUUAAUACAAUCAAUGUAUUUGGAAAGUAACCCACAUUAGUUUACAGUACCGUGCAAUUUUAUUUCAAAUUCUGCUGGUGGUGAAGCCAGUUUUGAAAAAUUUAGAUAAUCAGAACUCCAAGGUCAUUUCAGAUUUGUAUUUUAACUGGUCCUGGAAGCCACGGGGCACUAAAAAAAAUCACUAAUAUAAUCAAACAUACAUGUAUUUUUGGUAGAUAUGCGUUUGGUGACAUACAUAAUGUCAAACACAUAUCCACCAAAAAUACAUGUAUGUUUGAUUAUUUUGGUGCUUUUAUCUGCACAUUAAAUGGAGGCUUGAUAGAAAGCAUAGCUUUCAAGAUUAAUUGGGAAACAAAAAAAAAUGGGAUUCCAUUUGUAUGGCCAGCUCAUGUCCAAAAUCAUUCUCAGACAAA